AUGCUGGGAAUGAUAAAAUCCCGGGGGUACAUCGAAUUAGGCGCUGCAAUUACGAGGGGUGGGGCGGAGGGAGAGGUCAUUCGUGCUUGGCUGCCGACGGCCUCCUUACCGGCCGGACAGGUACAGGUACAGGUACAGGUACAGGUACAGGUACAGACACAGGGUCAGCGGCGGAGUGGGCGGUCGAGGAUUGCUGGAGCAGAGGUGGUCGGUACCACGAAACGAUGGGCCUCUGCCGCGAGUCGCGAGGUGGGAGGAGGUGACGUGUUGUCCGGCGCGACGAGCCUCUCAAUCGUGUCGGUAAUUAGUAGCGACGUCAACUGCAGCCGCCUGCCGACCGGGCGAUGUCGUCUCGGUGACCUGUCCGGUUGUGUCCUCUUCACUUUUAUGACAGCCCAAGCGUGA